AAUCAAGAACCCCACAAAACCGGAUACCAUAUCUUAAUUCUCAAUCUGUCGUUGCUGCUAUUUUGUCGAGAGCUAACCCGCUUCACUCGGGCGCACGGGAUGUCUUCGAUAUGUUCUUCAACGAUUGAAGAGCUUCCCGGUGGGUUUUUUGGAUGGGACGAGAGGUUGUCGCUUGAUGUAGUAGGGAUAGUGUGGAUACAACUUGUUCUGUGUUGUUGGCCUUUAGUCGAGGGCAAUGAGAGUACAGGGAGAGGCACCGAUUCUUGCGGUAAUGAUGGUGACAGUGCUCAACUUGGUGGAUAUGCUUGA